AUGCCUCUAAUCACAUUCACGGGCCUCCCCUGCUCAGGGAAAUCAAAAUGGGCCAAAGAACUCGUUAGCGAACUCGAAAAGAGAAUUGAGGCUGCCAAGGAGUCAAACGCUCCAGGUCACAACUAUAACAUUGUAUACCACUCAGAUGAGAGCAUCGGUGUAAAUCCUGAAUCUUAUAAAGAGUCUGCCACCGAGAAAAGUGCGAGAGGAGCACAGAUGUCUGCAGUCAAAAGAGACCUAUCGAGAUCGACCUUUGUUAUUCUCAAUUCUCUUUCUUACAUCAAAGGUUUCCGCUACCAGCUCUUCUGCGAGGCCAAGGGCGUUGUCACACCUCACUGCGUUAUUCACGUCGUGAGUUCUUUGGACAAAUGCCUUGAAAGAAACAAGGAGAGUGGUAACAAAUGGAGUCCGGAGUUAAUUGAGCAACUUCAAAUGAGGUACGAGGAACCUCGAGAAGACGCAAGGUGGGAUUCUCCAUUAUUCACUUUGGUAACAGACUACGAGAAUGAGACAUUGCCAGUGGACGAAAUUUGGGAUGCUCUUGUCCUAAAGCGUCCACCUCCUCCCAAUGCUGCUACAUUGGUUAAGCCUACUUCCAGCAAUGACUUCCUUCAGCAGUUAGAUACACUCACCCAAAAUGUCAUUACCAAGAUCUUGCAGCAUCAGCAACUAUCCUUGGGCGGCCAAGUGGUCAUUUCAAAAGAUUUACUCAUCGAUCUUCCUGUGAAUAAAGUGAGCAUUGCUCAGCUUCAGAGAAUCAGAAGAACGUUUAUCUCUUUGAAUCGAAUGCGUCAGAUCGAACCUGAUCGGAUUACUCCAUUAUUUGUUGACUACGUCAAUUCAUCCUUCGAUAACGAAUAA